GAGAGUACUCGUAAUUGUCGGGGAGCUCCCCUGAGAAUUCAUUGCUGCUCAGGUCUAGGAGCUUCAGAUUUGUGCAGUUGUACACGCUCACGGGAAACUCUCCGCCCAGCUGGUUCCCGUUGACAGAAAAGCUCUCGAGGGAUCGCAGCUGCAAGAAGUCAAUUUGAGUCACAUUGCCCGUGAGCUUGUUGUUGCUCAGCCUGAUGUUUCUCAGGGAGCUGCAGUUCGCCAGAGACGCGGGAAUGGUUCCCGUGAGGUUGUUGCUGUGGAGGUUGAGAUACCUCAUGUACUGCAGUCGCCCCAGCUCUAGAGGGAUUCCUCCCGUCAGAAAAUUGUUGCUCAGAUUGAUCUCGUAGAUGUUCUUCAGGUCAGCUAAGCUCGUGGGUAUGGGCUCUGACAGCCCGUUAUUGUGCAGGAAGAGCAAUAACAAGCUCGGCAGCUUGCCGAGCUCGGCGGGAAUGGGGCCUCGGAAGUCGUUGUCGUUCAGGAGCAAGAAGGUGAUGAAGUCCGAGAUGAAGUCCGGCUCCAGCGUGCCAGUGAGCCUGUUGUUCGAUGCGUACAGGGUUCGGAGCCGCGAGAGGUUUCUCAGAGGCUCCAACGUGCCCGUGAGCCUGUUGUUCGCUACGUACAGGUUUACGAGCAGCGAGAGGGUUCUCAGCGGCUCCAGCGUGCCCGUGAGAUUGUUCUUCCCUGCGAGCAGGUCUUGGAGCAGCGAGAGGUUUCUCAGCGGCUCUAGCGUCCCCGUGAGAUUGUUGUUCUCUGCGUCCAAGAAAACGAGCAGAGAGAGGUUUCUCAGCGGGUCCAGCGUGCCAUUCAGAUUGUUGUUCGCUGCGUCCAAGUAACUGAGCAGCGAGAGGUUUCUCAGCGGGUCCAGCGUGCCCGUGAGAUUGUUGUUCUCUACGUCUAUCAAAAGGAACAGCGAGAGGUUUCUCAGCGGCUCCAGCGUGCCAUUCAGAUUGUUGUUCGCUGCGUCCAAGAAAUCGAGCAGAGAGAGGUUUCUCAGCGGGUCCAGCGUGCCAUUCAGAUUGUUGUUCGCUACGUCCAAGUAAUCGAGCAGCGAGAGGUUUCUCAGCGGGUCCAGUGUGCCAUUCAGAUUGUUGUUUGCUGCGUGCAAGUAAUCGAGCAGCGAGAGGUUUCUCAGCGGGUCCAGCGUGCCCGUGAGAUUGUUGUUCCGUGCGUUCAAGUGAACGAGCAGCGAGAGGUUUCUCAGCGGCUCCAGCGUGCCCGUGAGAUUGUUGUUCCGUGCGUUCAAGUAAACGAGCAGCGAGAGGUUUCUCAGCGGCUCCAGCGUGCCAUUCAGAUUGUUGUUCGCUGCGUACAGGGAAUCGAGCAGCGACAGGUUUCUCAGCGGGUCCAGCGUGCCCGUGAGCAUGUUGUUGUCUGCGAACAGGGAAUCGAGCAGCGACAGGUUUCUCAGCGGCUCCAGCGUGCCCGUGAGCAUGUUGUUCCGUGCGUUCAGGGAAACGAGCAGCGAGUGGUUUCUCAGCGGGUCCAACGUGCCAUUCAGAUUGUUGUUCGCUACGUUCAAGCGACCGAGCAACGAGAGGUUUCUCAGUGGGUCCAGCGUGCCCGUGAGGUUGUUGCUCGUUGCUCCCAGCAGAAAGAGCUGCGUGCAGUUGUUGAGGCUGUCAGGCAAUUCCCCGCCCAGCUGGUUGCUGCUGAAUUCGAACUCAAGGAGGUUGGCCAGCUGCCCCAGGUUCUCGGGGAGGCCGCCGGUGAACUCGUUGUUGAACAUGUAGAACUCCGUCAGCGCCGUCAUGGCCGUCAUGGCCGUCACAGCUCUGGGAAAGCCGCCACGAAAGUUGUUCCUGUCGAUGAAGAGCUUUUCGAGCCGACUCCACGAAGUGGACUCCACUGUCAGAAAACUCCCCGUCAGGAAGUUGUUCCCCACGUUCAGAAACUCGAGCUCCGACAGCGACGCUAGCUCCACGGGGAACUCUCGCUCCAGGGCGUUUUUUCGCAAGUGCAGAAACUUGAUGUUCGUCAGGUUUCCGAGCUCGGAUGGGAUUGAGCCUGUGAAAUUGUUCUGCUCGAAGCUCAGAUACUCCAGAUUGACGAGCUGGCCGUACUCUCUUGGAAUGGGACCCGUCAGAAGGCUGUUGCCGGAGAAAUCCAAGUACCACAGCUUCGUGCAGUUGGCGAUGGACUUGGGAAUGGGGCCUCUCAUCUUGUUCGACCGGUUAGGGUAAUAUUCUUGCUUGGAGUCGAAAUUGAAGAGCGUGCCCAGGGCCAGAACCUCGAGCUCAGAAAGCAAACCCAGCUCCUCCGGAAUGAACCCAUUGAAGAACUCGCCCUGUUCUCCGAUGUAGAGGACUCGUAGGCUGGACAUGUUGCCGUACUCUGCAGGAACUCCACCGAAGAGAAAAUUGUCGUGGACGUUCAUGGUCUGCAGCCUCUGCAGCCGACCCCAUUCCACGGGAAGCUCGCUCAACAGGACAUUGUGGCUCAGAUCGAGGUCCACGAGGUAUUCGAGCUUGCUCAGCGAAGGACCCAAAGUGCCGUUCAACUUCAGCCCGGAGAAGUUGAGGGAGAUCACGUGCAGCUCAUCGUCGCAGAUGACCCUCGUCCACGAGCAGUAGGUGGAGCGAUUCCCCGUUGUCCAUCCAUCCAAAGCGUUGUCCGUGUAGCUUUCGAUUUCGGCCUUGAAUUGCAGGAGCGCAUCGGCCUCCCUGGGACAGUGGCAACACAUUGGACUCGUAUGACGUUAGAGAUGAAUUUCAUUCACUCGUCCGAGCAUGCGCAUUGCUGUGCACAUGCUCGGACGAAGGACACAAGCGACAGGUGCAGAAUUGUGCACUUCUCUAUCAGAUGAUAUCUUGCUGCUAAAUGUCACUGACCCGAAGCUGUCUUGGAGCAAAGUGCGAGAUAUUGCUCUGGAGUGUGCAGAUUCCUCCUGAAAACGAUGGAGAGGCUCAUGACGAUUCGUGAACGAAGUGUCGAUGGCUUGGUCCUGAAGUUUAAACUGCUGCAGCUCUCGCUGGCUCCUGGGACCGCCGUGUACUUGUUGCUGGCCCAUAUGCGCUUCGACGGAGGAAGCCGGAGGAAAUCCACUCUCGAUGUUGAUGCUGCCAUGCUCUUUCACGGCCGAUUCUGCACUUGCAUCGAAAUCUGGAUCCUGGAGAGUCUCAUCAAGAGUCUCGAUUCUGCUUAUUUCUCUGAAGGUGGUAUCCUCCUGACCAACGGCGUAAGCACCGAGCUGGAGGCAACAUAGCACCAGAAUCGACAGCAUCCUGAAGCGUUCGCGGAGAGCGGGCAGAUUAGGAGAAGAAACGACCGAUGCCCGACCUGUAGAUCGUCUGAGUAAGUGCAUGGUGUCCACCUCCAGAGAAAUAUAAAAUUCAAUUCUCCAUGUACUACUCAAUCUCCAUGCAUCGUGGAAUUGCGAGACAGCUAGCUAGCCCAGCAGUGAACGACGCUGAGAACUACGUGAUUCCCAAAAAGUUCAGCCGGUCCACAGUGAUCUUCAUCAUCUAAACUCGGACGACUAGAUCGCUAAAUGACCAGCCCGGCGUCUCCUCCGACUUCGAGCUCCUCCAAUUCGGGAAAAGACCUGCCGAUGCACAUCUCCUGGCUUGCUCUCCGGACGCGGUGACGACCGAAGAGAAGACUCGUACCAGAGGUCGUUUGAGUUCUAUAUCCUGGAGAGAAGAGAGAGAGAGAUAAGAGACAAAGAGAAAGAAUGAAUCCUCCGUCGUGAACAAGUAUAUGAUAAUCUUAGAAGUGCCUUUCAGAUACCACCUGUACAGGUUCAUAUGUACAAGUUGGUGGAAAGUACCGAUCAUUGAUCUCAACGAAGUACGAAGAUUGUAUCACAGAUGAAUACGUUCCCGAGGCAAACCUGCUCUCAUAAAUGCAGGGUACUGGGGGCACUGCUUUCCUCAGUGUUCCUUUCCAUGUCAGAUGUUGACAGACACAUUUCUGUAGUAAUUGGCUUUUGGCCAGUGACAGCAAUGUGGAGAGCAAUCAAUCAAGAGAAGAGAGUGAAAGAUAUCCUGCACAUGGAGUGUAUUGAAACACCUAUCGUGCACCUUACUUUCCCUUCGCUAUCAAAUAACUCGAGGUUUUUGACGCCGUCAGUUUCUGAGGCGAAGCGGAUUUCUUUACAAGAAGGUCAUUGACGAAAAGAGUUGAAGGAAACAUGCAAGAGAAAGUCGCCUUCCCAGGGAACGACUUGGUCGAUGGAUAAAUAUAAACCGAUAUGUCUGCGACUAAUAAAAGUGAGAAACAUUUUGAAC